UACAGUGUCACAUGAAAGAUUGAAGAAGUCAGAGCUAUUUUCGAUAUGUAAUAAGAGUUAAGAUGUGUAAUGAUACGAUUUCGAUAUGAAUAUGUAACAAUAAAAUCUGUUUCGUACGAGUCGAUAUAAAAUAAACUUUAGUGCAAAUAUGAAUAAUAAUUAUGGUUGAAUAUUCGUGUUAGCGAGAUUAAAUUCGAGAAAAAUGUAUCUGAUGAUCUAAAAAAUAAGAAAAAUGUUAAGACUACAAUCGCACGACGAUAUGAAGAAAGCUGUGGAAACGCAGGUGAUCGAAGCGAUGCACAAGCAAGGCUACAGCUUGAAUACUGUCAGUAAUUACGAUGAGAACUUGCUGCACACAAGCGCGGCGAACGGCUGCUCCGAAAUCGUGAAAGAAAUUUUGAACCAGAAGAAAAACUGCCGUAUCGUAGACAGAAAAAACAAAUUUGGCUGGACUCCGCUGAUGCAGGCAAUUCGUAACGGAAACGUUGACACUGUGAAAUUGUUAUCAGAGAAAAACGCUAGUGUUGGCGAGUUAACCUACCUUGGCAUGUCGGUCCUCGGAUUAGCUGCUGCGAGUGGCAAGGAGAUGUUCGAAACGGUUUUUAAUGCCUGUCCGGACUCGUUGAUGAACGCAGCUGAUGAUGAUAUCAGUCCAUUAUGUGUUGCGGCCAUGAAGAAUGACAAACAGUUGUUCUUUAGAUUGUUAGAAUUGGGCGUACCGCUUUCGACUGCCAACGAGUACACUCACAUCAUGAUGAGAAACUCGACGGUACCGGAAAUAGCCGCUCUGGCGAAGACAGACUUGGCCAGUGAUGAUUAUUGGAACGACACGUCGGAUAACAUCCAGGUAUUGAGCGAGAACGACGGCGAUACCACGCAAAUGUGUUCCUCGAUUUUAAAAAAUGACGAAAACAGAAAACGUGGACCCGCCAGGCUACAUCUGUUACCUGCGAUUACGGAAUCCGGCAAGCAGGAUUUAAUCUCGCCGAAUUUGACGUACGAUUACAAGGACGUGUUCGCGUCAUUGGCAAAUGCGCGUUUUACGGAAAUCGAUUUUGUGGAUAAGCAAAAGCUAUUUUUGAAAGAUAAAAGCACUAAUAAAAAGCGGAUGGAAAGUGACUUGGAGAAACAUGAUGCGAUGAGCGAGUACCAGUUCAAAUCUCCGGUUGUGCUUCAAAGAUUGCAGCAGGUACGACCUAGGGAUCUCGACAUAAAGAAUCUCUUGGACGAUCCUAAUGUCACCCUUGGAUUUACGCCCGAGUUUAGUCCCCCCAAAUCACCCCACGUGCCACCGGAUAUUAACGACGAGAAUGUGUUUGGCGAAAAUACUCCGACACCGCCACGCUGCAAAACACCGCCGAAGGGAAUGCUCCUGAACUGCCAACAGUCGAAGAUGGUCGUGAUACUGAGGCGCUUUGGACUGAGCCAACACAUUCCGAUUUUUCUUGAACAAGAAGCGACGCAGACUAAAUAUCCAAAGAGGAUAUUCUCCGGGAUUCAGCCUACGGGACGCGUACACUUAGGAAAUUACUUCGGUGCCAUCGAGAGAUGGGUCGAGCUGCAGGAUUCUGGCGAAGAGGUUCUCUGCAGCAUAGUAGAUCUGCACUCGAUUACUCUGCCGCAGGAUCCGAAGAUAUUGAGAGAGAAUACUCUGCUGAUGACCGCGACGCUGGUGGCUUGCGGAGUAAACUACAAGAGAAGCAUCCUGUUUCAACAGUCGAAGGUGCCGAUGCACACUGAACUGUGUUGGGUGUUGGGUAGCAUCACGACCAUGGCCAGGCUGGCGCAUCUGCCGCAGUUCAAGGAGAAGAGCGAGUCCCUGAAGAAUGUACCCUUAGGCUUGUACAUCUACCCGGUUCUGCAGGCGGCUGACAUAUUGUUGUACAAAGCGACCAAUGUCCCAGUCGGACAGGAUCAAGCCCAGCACAUACAAUUGGCGCAGGAUCUGGCGCACGUAUUUAACAGCAAAUUCGGGCACACCUUCCCGAUACCACGUACCCUCGUCAGUGACGGUCCACGCCAGAGGAUCAAGUCUCUACGCGAUCCCACGAGGAAGAUGUCCAAGUCGCACACGGAUCCCAAGUCCAGAGUGGACAUCCUCGACGAGCCGGACGUGCUGUUGGACAAAGUGAAGAAGGCCGUGACCGACUUCACCUCGGAGAUAACUUACGAACCGGAGAAGCGACCGGGAGUGGCGAACUUGAUUGACAUACACUCUCUGUUCACCGGGAAGACACCGGAGGAGAUCUGUAAGGAAGCCGCGGGUUUGAAUACCGGACAGUAUAAAUUGCUACUGGCGGACGUAAUGAUCGAAAAAUUGUCCCCGAUUCGCGAGGACAUAUUGAGGUUGCUCAAAGAGCCCGGCUACUUGGACGAGGUCCUGAAGGGAGGCACGGAAAGAGCCACGGAACUCGCGGCGGAUUGCUGGGCGGAAGUUACGGACAAGGUGUUCGGCAGCGACACGAUACGGAGCGCGAGGAGAAUGAUGAACACCGCGAAUGUCACGUAAAAUACGACUGUAUUAAGAUAUGUAACGAUUUUUGUAAAAUAUAUAUAUAUAUUAAUUUAUAUAA